CUGGAAAUGUCUCGAUUUCUCCCUGCUAUUCUAAGGACAAUUUGGAGAAAGCAGCUCUCUCAGCUGCACUUAGAUGGCCUUCCACACCUGACCUAUGCCAACCCAGCUACCUUCUGGUUCUCCAGGGUUUCUAACAAGAAUUCCAGUGAUGGUCUUAGGGGGAAAGGAUGAUCAGAGAUUCCCUUCCUCUCAGCUCUGUCCAUGUGAAUAAUGCGUCUGGUGGUGCCACAGGCAACAGAACACUUUGUCAAGGUUAUCAGGAUGCCAGAGAAGUAGUAACAUCAUUCUGAGACCUACAAUUCAGAGAUUCAAAAAACUGGAUGUGUAUCUUGAUUGCAGACAGAAGUCUUUAAAGACCUAAGAGCUGUUAUCACUCUUUAAACGAGAAAAGAAAAGGCCACUGGAGCAUCCUACAUGUUUUAAUGUCUCAAAAUAUAAACGUCAAUCUAUUACCACCCUAAGCCAAAAGUUCAUGGGUCCUUGGUUUUGUUUAACUGGAAGGUUUUUGAGAAAACUCCUGAGGAUUAGCCGUGGCUGUGACUGGUCCCUGCCUUGCUCUGACUUCCUAAGGACCAACUGUCAUGAAAUACAAAUUCAUGCAAGUCCUUGCUGGACUGCUAUUGGUCCAUUUCUCGCUCUGACUUCAUAGGAAGACAUUGAUCACAUACUUCCAUAAUAUAUUGGGGCAUCCUACAUGUUUUAAUGUCUCAAAAAAUAAACAUCAAUCUGUAUCACAAACCUAACCAAAACCUCUUGGAGUUCUUGGCUGCCGCUCAACCUUGAUUGGUCCCCGCCUGGCUCUGACUUCAUAAAGACCAACUGUCAUGAAAUAGAAAUUCGUGCAAGUCCCUGCUGCACUGCCAUUGGUCCAUUUCUCCCUCUGACUUCAUAAGGAGCCCUAUGAUGACAGGAUUCCACACGCCUAUAUAAGCGGCUGCGUGGCCCAGGUUUUUGUCCGCUUUACCAGGGAGCUAUUUCGGUGACCUGUGUGACUUGGACCCCUCUUUGCUUGCACUUGUGUUGGUUGGUGUUGGUGUGCUGUUUUGUUUGUUUGUUUGUUUCUUGUUCUAUUUGUUUUUUUCUUUUCCCCAUUUUGUUUUAGUUUGUUUUUUUCCUCCUAUUUCUUUUUUGGCCCAGUGUGUCUUUUUUUGCAGUUUUUUUUCUUUUUGGCUUCCCCCAUCUUUAGCUAGACAGUGCUGCUAGAUUUCAUAGUGUUAGUGUAGCUAUUCAGUAUUUGUUUUUUUGGAGUUUUUCUGGUUUUUGUUUUCUGUUUUGGUUAGAUAGGACUUAGUCUUGCCACUGUGUGUGAUUAGUGUAGUUAGUAUAGCUAGUGUGCCACUAUAGUCAGAUCAGGAGGUAGUCCCCUUGUUGUCCCUUUAUUUUCUUAGUUAUUGUAGUUAGGGUAGCUCCUUAGUUAGCGUCUAUGGACAGGAAUAUCAGCCAGAGCAGAGCAGAGAGUGUAGUUAGGGACACCAGCCUGGAAGGCCGUGAGGACCUGGAUGUCGACACCAGCCGUCAGCUUGAUCUCCAGUUUCUGUCAGUCCUGGGCAGGGGCAGCUUCAGCAGGGUGCUGCUGGCCUGCCAGCCGUCCAGCCAGCGGCUGGUGGCCGUGAAGCUGUUCAAGGAAGACGAGAGGGACCCUUUCGGCGCCAGGCGAGUGAUGCAAGAGGCCAGCAUCAUGCAGCUCCUGAGCCACGAGAACAUUAUCAAGCUGCUGGAGGUGGGUUGCGUCGGCCAACACCACUGCCUGGUGUUGGAGCUGGCGCAAAGGGGCAGCCUCCACCAGUACGUGAUGAGCCGGGGUGGCCUGCCAGAGCCCGAGGCCAUGGUUAUAUUUGAUCAGAUCCUGGCGGCCGUGGGCCACUGCCAUGAGCAGCGCGUGGCCCACAGGGACCUCAAGCUGAAAAACCUACUGCUGGACUCAGACAUGAAUGUCAAGCUGGUGGACUUUGGGCUCAGCUGGCAGCUGCCCGAGGGCGAGCUAGUGUCCGGCUUCUGCGGGACCCCAAAGUACAGCGCCCCCGAGGUGUUCCGGCAGGAGCCGUAUGAUCCAUUCGCAGCAGACCUUUGGAGCCUGGGGGUCAUCCUCUUUGUCAUGCUGGCGGGGGCCAUGCCCUUCAGCGGGAAGGACCGGGAGGAGCUGCGGGACUGCAUCCAGAGGGGGAGCUACGAGCUCCCGUGUGCGGCCAGCCCAGCCCUGGAGGAGCUCCUGAGCUCACUCCUCAGCCCAGACCCCUGCGACAGGCCUACAGCGGAAUCUGCCCGCCAGCAAUGGUGGUUUGACCCCUUACGAGAGGAAGCUGAGGGCGAGGAGGUGACCGUGGUGCAGCCCCUGGGGGUUCCCGAGGACCCAGAGGCCCAGGAGUACCUGGCGGGCCUGGGUCUGCUUCCGGACGCUGGAGCCUCGGUGCCAUCUGGUCCUGGAGGAUCCAGCCGGAUGUCCCUGCAGCCGGACUCCCGGAGCCUGGAGCAGGGACACAGGGAACCCGAGCCUGAGCUGGGGUCUGAGUCCGAGGCGGAGUCGGAUUCAGAGCUGGUGCUGGAGCUGGAGCCCAUGCCCGAGCUGGAGCUGGAUCUGGAGUCGGAGUCAGAGUUGGAACCUGAGCCGGAGCCUGCCGUUGCUGCCCCCGUGCUGGCCAUUUCCCUCCCUGGACAGCUGAGGGAGAGGAGCCCUGGUGCCAGCCCAGCCCCCGAGCCCGUCCCUGUGGUCGUCCCUUCCACCCCCAGCCCCAGGAGCAGACUGCACCUGGUGGUGCCAGAGGUCCCAGCAGCUGAGCCUCAGGAGCCUGGGACCUCAGCAGCUGCCUCUGUCCAGAGCAAGGGCCGGCAGGGGCUGGGCAGGAGGAUUGGCAGGAGCAUCCUCAGAUUCCUCCUGUGUGCCUGCUGCCUGCCGGCCCCAACCCCUAGCCCUGGCUCCCGCAGCCGAAAGGUGGCCCCCCGCUAGCCUACCUCAGAGCACAUCAAGAACAGGGGUCGAAAGCGGGGCCUCCUGAAGCUUUUUCAUUUGCUUGAGAGUUUUCUAUGCUUCUCAUGAAUAAAAAUCUGAACUG